AUGAGAUUGGAAAAAUGUUGGUUCUGCUCAUCAACUAUAUGCCCUGGACAUGGUAUUCAGUUUGUUCCUAACGAUGCUAAGAUUUUCCGGUUUUGUAGAUCCAAAUGCCACAAGAACUUUAAGAUGAAGAGAAACCCUCGCAAAGUAAAAUGGACCAAGGCCUACAGGCGGUUGCACGAAAAGAACAUGAAACAAGAUUCAACUUUCGAAUUUGAAAGGAAGAGGAAUAGGCCAGAGAGAGAUGACAAAAAUGUUGCAAAGAACACCCUGAAGGCCAUGAAGAAGAUUGUUAAAGUCAAAGCAGAUAGGGAGGCCGGGCACAUCAAAUUGAGGAUGAAAGGAAAGAUGGCCAAGGAGCGUAGGGAGGCAAUGAAGGAGUUGGAGCAGAGUAUCCACAUGGUAAAAGCUCCUCCUGUACUCCAACAAGAUCAAUCUCUCACUUUACUGAAGAUCAAAGUCAAGGUUUCCCAGCAGCAAUCGCAGGGUAUUCGUACAAUGGAAGAGUUAGUUUUCUCCACAGCAGAGCCGUUGAGUCACCAUUUUCUAUUUUUUCAAAACAAAUGUUUUCAGUAUUUGUUGUAG